AUGGGUCACACGUUCUCAUCAUCUUCGAGUUCAAAGAAAACUAUAGAUUCUACCCCACAACGAUCCACAAAUCCGUCAACAUGCCUUGAUCCACGAUCACCUAGCCAAGAUAUUGAAAGGACUCCAAUUCAAGUCAAUAAUGUCUCGGAUACUAAAAUAAACGACUCAACUAAAAAAGACGAAAAGCCUCGACAUCAAAGUCUCCGACAACGGAUGUUCGAAAAGAAGAAAAAUAAUAACGAAGUCCCAACCGAUCAGUGA